UGUUUGGUCGGAGUUAGUAAAUAUAUAUUUUAUUGUUGGUUUUAUUUAUAUGUAUUUUCCCUGUUGAAUAAAGACACUGUUACAUCUCUGUGUAAAUUAAUAUCUGUGCCUCGGCAAGCCAGAGGACUUGAUCAACCCUUUAAGCUUCCCGAUAGGAUUUAGGUUUCUCUUAUAUUGAAGUCCACCAAAUACCCCGAAUGGAAUGGCCCAUGCCAGCACGUUCCACAAGAGGCGUGCUGUGUUAUUAAAUUUUGAAAAUUUUUUCAAUGGCUUUGCGUUGUUAUGGACGCACGCCGUUUUGGGCUACAUCCCUAGUUUUUAUGUUAUCAUUUUUUGUCAAAUUUCGAUUUUUAUCUUUUUAAUUUUUUUCGAUUCUGUAUUUUAGGUUUCUUUAAAAAUGUUUUUUAAAAAAUCACCAAAAGGAGGCGAUAUUUUAUUUAAUGAAGGAUAUAAAUAUUAUGAAAACAAAAAAAAUUCUAAUUGGCGAUGCGAAUACAAUAAGAUUCGCAUUGUUAAAUGCAACGGCACCUUGAAAAUAACAGAGGAGGAAACAGCUUUACAAAUUGACCACACAUGCAACAAGAAAAUACGACUCCUUCAUUGGAUACAAGAAAAAAUUCCUGGUAGACGUGUUGAGAAUUUUAGUUCAACUUGGACUGAUGGAAUUACAUUAGGAGCUUUGGUUGAUGCCUGUACAAGUUCUUUUGCUGAAUGGGUAAAAUGGGAGUCAAGUAACACGUUGGAAAAUACACAGAAAGCCAUGCAAGCUGCUAAGAGAUUGUUGGGGGUUGAAAAGUUUUUAACCCCCGAGGAAUUGUCAAAUCCUGCAGUUAAUGAAAAAAUUGUAAUGUCUUAUUUGUCACAAUUUCCAAAAUCACAACCUUCGCCCACUUUGGAUAUUUCUGGAAUUGAUCGUCAGCAUAUUGUUGGAAUCCCUAGCAACCCAGUUGAAAUUGAAAGAAUUGAAGAAAAAAUUGAAAAUGGAGGGAAUAAAGUUCAAGAAGAAGAAAAUGAGAUAAAUUUAUAUUCAAAAGAUUCAAACAAACCAUCAUCACCAGUUAACCAACAACAUCCCAAAGAAAUUUCAAAAUCUCCACUUUCAACUAAUAAAUAUCAAAGUGUCAAAGUUUGGGGACGUGGUCUUUUAUCUGUUGGAACUUUUGCUAAUGAAGAACUUCAUGUAUAUGUGAAUAAUUGUGCGGAUGAAGUUAUUGUUAGUGUUAAAAAAGAUGAACUGUCAGUCCAUGUUUUUCGUCAAGCUUCUGGACAGAGAUCGUCAGCUUCAAUACAAUCAUGUUCUUCUUCAGUACAUCGUCUUCAGUCUUUUGCUUUUACACCGCGUACAUGUGGAAACUAUGAAGUUUCAGUAACUGCAUGCAAUACACAUUUGGGGAGUAGUCCUUACAAGAUUCAAGUUGGUCUGAAGACCAUUUCAAAAAUUCAAGCUGUUGGUCCUGGAUUGGAAGGAGGUGUUACUGGAGAGAGGGCUGUCUUUUAUGUUGACACACGUGGAAGAGCAAAUUGUUUAGAAUUUUCAAUCGAUGGACCCAGCAAAACAAAUAUUAAUUGGUACGACAAUGGAGAGGGAAAUAUAAUGGCUGAAUACACACCUCAUCUUCCGGGUCGUUACACAAUCAACAUCACCGAAAUUGAAACAAAUUUAAAUAUAAUUGAUUCGCCUUUUGUUCUUUGGAUUGAACCAGCAAAUCUACUUCCUUUUAAAAACAUUGUUCGUCCAAUUCACAUUCCAGCAUUUGAAAGUAACUGGGGAGAAGUUGGCAAGCAAUUUUAUUUUAAAAUUCCAAAAGAAAUUGAAGCUGAAACAGUUUAUGUUAAAAUUUAUGAUCCAAAUUUACAAAAAGUUGAUUUUGAUUGGAACAAAAAUAAAUCUGGUGAUAAUUCUUACAAUUUUAUGCCGCAAAAGGAAGGAAAGUAUUUAAUCAGCAUCGUUGCUGAUAAAUUAGCUGUUGAAGACUGGCCGUUUGUUAUUUUUGUUGAUGGUCCUGAUGAUGACGAAGAAAUUUUGGAAGAAAAAUCUGAAGAUGAACAAUUACUUUAUUCACCUGAAAAUAGCAAAAACGAGAAACAAUUAAUUUCAAAUGUUGGGACUAUUGCUUUACCUCCACCAGAAAUUCAACUAGAUAUUUUUAAAUGUUUCAAUUUCAAUCAAUUAUUAACUACUCAACAAACAAAUAUUUACUUCAAAAAUUUUAUAACAAAAUAUAAGAAUGAAUUGGCACGAAGGAAAUUUGCAUAUCUCUCUCUUAGUGGGACGGAUUUUUGUGAUAAAUUGUUUGAGCCAGGCCCAGAGCUAUAUGAUUUUGAAUUGAGUGAAGAACUUGAAGAAAAGUGGAAAUGUGGGAUAGAAGAAUCAAUUCCCUUGUUUUUAUAUGACAACGGAACAAAACAUUAUGCUGAAGUUGAUGUAGAUGGAGACGAAAGAUAUAAAUUACCAACUAUUCCAAAAAAUAUUGAAGAAAUGAAAAUUGCUCGUCAUUUAUUGGAACAUAUUUUUGACCGCUAUUUUAUCCUUAUUAUAAUGAUUUAUGCUACAGUUAAUCCACAAAUGAUUCAAUUAUUAUUUGAUGAAAAUGAAACAAAUAUGCCUUUACAAAUUCAUUCUUCGAGCGUCUCAAUACAUAUUAAUGAAAGAACUCACAAUUUAUUGUUUGAUUUUUUAUCGAUGCAUAUAAUUACCAUGCAAAUGAAUUUUUUCCCGAAAAUAAACUUCACUGAACAAAAUAUUGAUAGUUUAUGUAAAUUUUUUAUGACUGCGGGAGGAUCAGUUCGUCGUAGUGUUUGUUAUCAUUACCCUUAUGCAGAACUUUACAAUCUUAUUAUACAGCAAAUACAAACAUCAAAAGAUAUUUCCAAAAUGAUCAAGAAAAUUAAAUUAGAUUACAUUUUGGGUGAUAUAGAAAUACCUGAUAAUGCAAAAUAUGUUGAAAGGAGAAUUGGAAGGUCUAGAGAUUCAUUAUCCGUUUUUGGAACUACAAAAUAUCAACUUUCCAAUAAAUACAAUCAAUAUGCUUCUGUCUACAUGUUUCUCCGUAGCGUUGUAUUUAAAAGACUUAAUUGA